AUGAACGAUUAUUUUGUUUUAUUUUGUCAAACCAUUAUCACAUUGGUUUUUUCCUUCUUAUUUGGUUUGGGUUUAAUCAAAUACUAUUUCAACAAAAAUGGCAACUACAAUGGCAACUACAAUGGUAACUACAAUGGCAACUUCAACUGCAAUGGCAGCCACAAUGGCAACCACAAUGACAACCACAAUUACAUAAAUAGAGGACCAUCAAACUACCCUGCAUUCAACCAAAGCGAAUCACGUCAUUCCGUUUCAGGUUCAACACAAUCAAACAAUGAUCAAGAAUCAGGUCAUAUCAAUAAAAGAUCUUCAUCAAACUACCCAACAUUUAACCAAGAUGAAGCACGUCAUACCGUUUCUGGCGUCCCACAAGAAAACAAUUCUCAAGAAUCAGGUCAUAUUCACAAAAGAGAGCAAACUAGCUACCCUGCAUUCAACAAAAAUGAAUCACGUUUUUCUUUUUCUGGUUCACAAUCAUGCAAUAACCCAGAAUCACCAUAUCAAUGUAAUGGUGCAUAUUCCAAUGGUGAACCACCAUUUGUUGAGGAGUAUGACGAGGAUAGCGGAGAAUGGGUUCCAUAUUCUAAUUUAAAUUAA